ACAUCAUGGCCGACCGGUUAACGCAACUUCAAGACGCAGUGAAUGCGCAAGCGGACAAUUUCUGCAACAGCAUCGGUAUCCUGCAACAGUAUGCGCCACCCAGCAGCUUCCCGGAGUUCGAGAAGUCCGUCUCGAAGCCCGGUCAUCAACCGCAAGAAGACUACCCACAGUUGUUUGCGACACUGAUAGCCAGGACUGCAAAGGAUAUCGAUGUCCUGAUCGACUCCCUGCCAAGUGAAGAAGCUUCUCCUGAGCUACAGUUAAUUUUAAGAAAAAUAUUGCCAUGUUCCUUGCGGACGAUGCUCCUGAUUGUGCGGAGGAACGUCAUCUGAAAGACAUCCCAGCUUGGCAGCGUGGGCUCCCGGUUCUCGAACCACACCUUUGCGGUGUCUUCUAGGUAAAAGUAUACGUGGCGUACUUUUUCUUUGGUGCCCAAGCUGUUCAAGGAAGUGACUCGGUCGUAUGUCUCUAGCCAGGUUUUCGGGUCUUCAUUAGGUGCUCCAUGGAAGCUUGGUGGCUCCCUGGGUAGGUGCAUCACAAUAGCCGCAGGCAGUGGCGCAGAGGCAGUCAUCGUUGCAGCAGUGGCCGUCAUUGUGGAAGUGCGAGUCUUGUUGGGUAAAGGCCUGUACUCCAGUGGUACACCUUGUUGCCUACGGCUGACUCGCUGGUCGUGGUUGGCAUCGGUGUCUUCUCUACGACAUGGACUCGGUUCACGGCUGGAAGGGGGCGUGCAGUACAUGGAUUACCCAGCACCUCGGCCAGAUGUUACGGCGUCGUGACAACGACGAAUAGAGCAGGUCGAAGAUUGAAGGGUUUAUUUGGGCUGAACUUGUGGCCAACAAAUGAAAAGUAAGAUUACAGCGAGGCACUGGCACUAACAGCGGUAGGCAGAGCGUCAGCCGUCGAUCAACCGACAAGCGGCGAAGCGCGUUGGCAUUUAUACACUUGCCAUCGAAUGCUCUAGCAUUAUGGCUAGCGGCGACAUAGGUUCCAGAAUAAUCUGUACUGUUCUCGAUGUGGGCAUAAUCUUAAAACAACAAUCUAUUAUUGGAACAUCGUAGGCGCGGUUUGCACUGAACGUAGUGUAACGCGGUGAUAACAAAACCUGAGGAAAGGAACAUGGCAUGGAACUCUACAACGACGCCAUGCUGCCAAACGUCGCUAAUGAAGAAGCUUGAGGUCACCGAGCGUGGAAGAAGCUCGUCAACUCGCCCGUUUGUGCAUCAAGAAUCGGCAGGCGGCUCCGCUGUUUUAAUCUUUAAUGAAGCUUCGUGGAGUACCAGCCCGGUGACCGUAUCUGGGUAUGGAUGCCGAUACGCCAACGUGGACUCGGUGAAAAACUUCUGCGACAAUAUGUCGGACCGUACAGAGUAGCUCGAUGUCUUGGACCACUGGAUUAGAAGGUUGUUCCCGACAGCAUUACCAACUCUCAACGGUGCCGUGCUCGACUUGAAGUCCUCCAUGUAGUGCGCCUCAAGCCAUUUCAUGCGUGAACCUGAGGACUGUAUUCUGUUAUUCUUGCUGUGCUUUAUUGCUUGUACUUAUUGUUUAUUGUCUUUAUUAUUGUGCCUUCAUCUUUUGUUAAAGCAUCACUACGAUGCCUUUUUCAGAGGGGGGCAAUGCCACGUUGCUUUCCUCAAGUUUUAUUAUCGCUCCGUUACACAACGUUCAGCACAAACCAUGCCUACGAUGUUCGAAAAGCUUUGAGGCUGUAGUAGAUCACUGUGUUAAGAUUACGCCCACUUCGUGAACAUUGCAGAUUAUUCUGGAACCUACGUCGCCGCUAGCGAUAAUGCUUGAACAUUCGAUGGCGAGUGUAUAAAUGCCGACUCCCUUUGAGAGUGUAUAAAUGCAGUGCUACCUUUGAGAGAAUUGUUUGCCAAUCAAAACAGACAAUUUUUUUCCUCGUUAAGCAGCUCAGAUGCGUUAUAUUCUGAAAGAGCCUUCUCUGGGCUGCACAUUAUGCACACUAUCUUACCGAUCUGGCACAUGUUUUAGUCUGCAGAUGUUCAUACUGAUAGAUCUAGCUGUAUAAAAGAAUUCGUCAAGCAGGGGUGCAAUAACUGGACAGCUUCUGUGCUUCAGGCAUCUGCGUUGGUGCUAUGCGUAGUAUGUACCUUGUUUGCUCAUGAACGCUGAUGCAUGCAUAUUGUUUACUGCUGUAUGUGCUAAAAUAUUACUUAUGUGGUCAUUAUUUUAUGUAAACAUCGAUUGAUUGACUCGCAAUAAAACUAUUUAUUGCUGCA